GAGCGCGAUAACCAUGUCGUCUACCGCCAGCGGAGAGAUCCACACCACCGGCCCCGCUUCGUUGGAAGGCAAUUUCACCACCGACGCCGGGGAUCCUUAUGUCAUUGAUAUUACCACGAACGACAUAGUUGACGCUUUCAAGUGCGACAGCGCGACACUGACCUACGACAAGUUGUCGGACAUGACCGGCCGCGUUACGAUCACUGGAAAUGUCGGAGCCGAUGUCCACAUUAAUUGUGACCGCGAUGGCGCCGUCGCCGUCAUCACAGGGACUGUUACUACCGCCGUGGAUCCCCCGGACACUAUUAUGGGCAGUGGCAGGUGGGCACUCCGCUCGGGGGCAAAGGUGAGUGGUGACCACUGAUGUAUUAUCACUGCACUGAUGCUGCACAGUAACCCUCAUGAGUAGGAUCGUAUCUCAAGCGCGGCGCUGACACGAAGCAAUCGGGAGUCGGCAGCUCGGAAAUGUUGGUGGGGUAUCGGGGACGUGAUUGAAUCUCCCAAAGCGUCUGUAUUUGUACCACCCGUCGAAAUUCAGCUACACGAAUGUGGUGUUUGGUGUGUGCUCAACAUUGGUAAUAUUUU